UAUCUCUUUUACCUUUUUCUAUAUGAGUUUUCAUUUUCAUGGCUUCUUGUAAUUGAACCAGUGUAUGAUCGGGUUGCAAAUGCGGUCGGGUGUAGUUGUAAAAGUGAAGCGAGUUAGCAUGAUGUUUUUUUUAUGAUCACUGUCGGGACAUUCGUUUCUAGCUAUAAUUUUCAGAUGGAGUUUUCUAAUUUCUGCUUUAAUUUAAGAAACCAUUGAUGUGUUCCAAGUCUCAAAUGGUCUGAUUAAGUGGCUUGGCCUUUAAUUGUAAGCCCAUUGAUGGGAUGCAAGAAUCUGAAAUUAUGGACCAUAAGACAUGGCUUUGGAGGAAAAAAUCCUCCAUGAAGACAAUUGUUGCAAGUGACAAACCUGAAAUGUAUUUGGAAGGACAUGAAGAAGAGAUGCCUCUAACAGAGACAUUAGGUCUAGAGGGAUCCAUGAAAAACCUAAAUGAGAAGCUUGCUGCUGUUGUGGAUGAAUCUAAAACUAAAGACGAUCUUGUGACCAAAUAUGCAAGAAUGGCAGAAGAAGCCAUUGCAGGUCGGGAGAAGGCAGAAGCAGAAGCAUUGUCUUUGAAACAAGAAUUAGAUGAAGCGUUAAAUCUGGGUGUAGCUGCAAAAGAAAGGUUAAGUCACUUGGAUGCUGCACUGAAGCAAUGUAUGCAGCAGUUAACUUCUCUAAAAGAAGAACAGGAGCAAAGAAUUCGUGAUGCUGUUAUGAAGACAUUGAGAGAAUUUGAAAAGACACAGAAAAACUUAGAAGAUAAUUUAACAGAAACAAGUAAAAGGCUUACAGACUUAACUGUUGAGAAUACUCAUCUGAGUAAGGCCCUUCUAGCCAAAGAGAAAUUGAUUGAAGAUCUAUGUAAAAUAAAGUCCCAGGCAGAUACAGAAUUCAAGGCACUAAUGGCUAGACUAGAUUCCACAGAGAAAGAAAAUGCUUUUCUAAAAUAUGAGUUUCGCAUGCUUGAGAAGGAGCUUGAGAUCCGGAAUGAGGAGAGGGAAUUUAACAGGAGAUCUGCUGAGGCAAUACACAAGCAACACUUGGAGAGUGUGAAGAAAAUUGCAAAGUUAGAAGCAGAAUGCCAGAGAUUACGUCUCCUAGUGCGAAAGAGACUUCCAGGUCCUGCUGCUGUGGCAAAGAUGAAGAGUGAAGUUGAAACGCUGGGAAGAGAUCAGACAGAGAUGAGGAGAAAAAAGUUGAAUCCCAUGACAGGAGGUUUGAUCGCCAGAGAUGGCCUUGUGGAAAAGUCUUCUGAAAUUCCCAGUAAGAAGAUGAGUUUCCUUAUCGAGCGGUUAUGUGAAGUGGAAGAAGAAAACAAAACUCUAAAAGAAAUUCUAGCCAAGAAAAACAAUGAACUCCAUUCACCAAGACUUUUGUGUGCUCGAACACCCUCUAGAUUUGGACAGCCUGAAGCUCAGCUUGGGGAGUCUCCAAAAAGCCAGAAAACUAUGGAUCUGGUAAGCUGUAGUCCCAUAUCAAAUGGACACUCUCUACCUUCUGGUUUUGACAUUGGCAGCGAUGAUGGGAUUAGCAGCUCAGGUUCAUGGGCCAAUGCUUUAAUAUCAGAACUGGAACAAUUCCGACAUGCAAAGCCCAAGAAUCCUUCAGAAUGCAAAACUAUUGUAUCAGAUAUGAGUUUAAUGGAUGAUUUUGUUGAGAUGGAGAAAUUAGCAAUAGUUUCUGCAGAUACACAUUUUCAAGGUUCUCAUGUUCCUUCAAACACAAGAAAUGCCUCUGCAAAUACCCUGGAAAAGGAGUCUGGUGGGUUUCUCUCAGAUUCAACAGGUAAGGAAUUAGUUCCAGUAGCGCAAGAUUACUCCAGCUCCACUGACACAAAAUGGGAGACUCAAUCAAAGGAUGGAUCCAUUGGAAAAUCUCGUGAUUGGCUUCAGGAUGUUUUGAAGGUGAUGUUGGAGCAGAACUGUGUUUCAAAAAGAAGCCUUCAUGAACUUCUCGAUGACAUUAAAAUCGCUUUGGGUUUUGUGAAUGAUCCAAGUGUUGUUGAAGCUGAUAAAGCAGCAAGCUCAAGGCAUCUGGGAGAACCUGACUCUCAACCUAUUAGUGGCUACAUCACUUGGAAGUCCAUGGAGUUUCCCAUGGCGGGUUCACUUCACAAAGGUUCUGUUAUUGACACCUCAGUGGAAGGAGCAAGCCAUCAGCAGAAUCAAUCUGAUCUGAGCAAGUCAAUCUGCAAAAUUAUAGAGCUUAUCAAAUCAUUCAAUCUAACAUCUCUAACCAAUAGUAAUGCUCCAAAUGAAGGGUCAGAGGGGGACAAGAGUUCCUCACCGUGUAAGAACUCACCAACACCUGCAGAUUACUUGGUUCAUGUUUUUCGAUGGAAGAGCUCUGAAUUAAGUAGUGUUCUAUUUCAACUCAUUAACAUUUGUAAUGAUCUUUUGAGUGAAAAAGCUUAUCUUGAAAAUUUUGUGGGGGAAUUGGCAUUUACUUUGCACUGGAUUAUGAGCAACUGCAUUACCCUUCAAGAUGGUUCAAGCAUGAGAGAUGAGAUAAAGAGGCAUUUUGGUUGGGGUGCAUCACAAAGUGAAAGUGAACCUGAAGUUGGAGUCGAAGGCGAUCAUGAAUCCAAAAGGCAGUCAUAUGGUUGGCCCUUGGGUGCUUAUUCAAAUGAUCAAAAUGUUUUUGAAAUUGAGAAGAUUCAGUCUAAUCUGCAAGAAGAAAAUAGGGGGCUGAAAGAUGAGUUGAGGAAGAUAGAAUCUGCAAAGAAAGAUUUGGAAGCAAAGCUACAGUCAGCAACUGAUAACAGCCAGGCCUUGAUGAAUCAGCUUGAGAAAUCAGAACAGAGCAUUGGAAGCUUAAGGACAGAACUGGAAACCUUGAAAGACUCAAAGGGGUUGAUUGAGGAUCAAAUUGAGAAUCAGAAGUUGAUUAAUGAAGAGCUCAACACCCAGCUCACAGUUGCCAAAGCUAAAAUAAACGAGGUUCUCCAGAAGUUUUCAGCGUUGGAAGUGGAAUUUGAGGAUAAAAGUAACUCCUGCCAAGAACUAGAAGCAACAUGUCUUGAGCUUCAGCUUCAGCUAGAAAGUUUCCCGGAGAAGGAAGUUUCAGAGGCCGACCAAGAUCAAGAAGGAAAGCAACUCCAAACUGGCUGGGAGAUCACAGCAGCUUCAGUGAAGUUGGCAGAGUGCCAAGAAACCAUCCUAAACCUAGGGAAGCAGUUAAAGGCUCUAGCUUCACCAAGGGAUAGAGCAAUUUUUGACAAAGUUUAUUCUACAACCAGCACGGCUACAAAUGACAAGAAGUUGAGCCAUCGCUCCUCCCUUCGGGAUCGAAUGCUAGCUGAUGAUGAUGCUGACACUGAGGUUUUCAAGUCCCCCAAGAUAAAAGAAAUUAUAAGCACUGCCCAUAUACCAUCCACACUUGGCUCCAAUAAUUCCAAUUCCUUUGAUGCUCCUGAUAUACAUGUAGAAGCCCCAGAUGCAUAUCAUGAUUCGAAGCACAGAGCAGUCACUCCUGCUGUCGGGUCACUUGCAAUAGUGCCAAGCAAGAAAAAGGGAGGGGCAGGUUUCUUAAGGAAGCUAUUGCAGAGGAGGAGGAAAGGAGUUAGUAAGAGGUCUCUUUCCUAUGCCAAGGUGUAGAGCCAAAAGAAAUCUCUUGUUUGCCACCAGUGUGAAUGGGUUGACUGUUGAUAAGUGUGGUGUUUGAUUUUGCUGCCUUGAUAAUUGGAAAAUGGUGAAGUUUGGGCUUCUUUAGUUAUUUUCUAAUUGGAGAGAAAAAGAGAGAGAGCUUAGUAUUAGAAGUGUUGCCAGUGUGUAUAUUUCUGGGUGCCAAGACCUUUGUUACUAUGUUGUUGGGAAAGAAAUGGCUCUGACUGGGGGGCCACUGUUUAUAAAAAUGCCAUGGACCAAACUCAUCUACAACAAACCAGACACAUUCCUUUAUUACUAAUCUGAUCAUCUGUUUAACCAAA